AAACCGAACACUACCACGAGCUGCGUUAUGAGUCCCUUCUAACUAAGCAGGAUGCCCAGUCACCACCACUCAUUACUUUAACUAUGCAGACGAUACUGCCGUUCUUGCAUUGCUUAAUAAGGACGAUGCUUCUUUUUUGGCCUCUCAGCGCUCCAUGGCUCAUUUUAGUACAUGGUGUGAUGAUAACUUUCUCCACCUCGAUAUCGAAAAGACUAAGGAACUGGUUUUUAGCUCUUCCAAAACACCGACCCAUCCUUCCAGUAUUACCAUUAACGGAGAGAUGGUUGAAAGUGUGGAGUGUUUCAGAUAUCCGGGCAUCACAUUUGAUAAACAUCUCAAUGUCAAUCAGGACACUAGGUAUUUACAAGUGCUGUCGACGGAGACCUACAGUUAUCCGUAAACUUAAAUAUCUGUCUGUUCAGCCUAGUCUGCUUCUUCUUCUGUACCGAAGUAUUAUGGAACCGGUUCUCAGGUACGGUGCCGUUCGAUUUUUCUAUAUGCUAUCAGUUACCAAUAAGAACAAACUCUUGAAAAUAACUCAUUUAGGGAGAAAAAUUAUCGGUAUUCCCAACCCCUAUUUAUCAGACUGUCAUUUCAUAUACCCUUCAGAAGGCACAUCAAAUUUUAAAUGAUCCAAACCACCCACUUUAUCACUAUUUCAACCCCCUUCCUUCGGCUCGCAGGUAUAGACUACCCAUGUGCAGAAAGGCCAGCUAUGGUAGGAGUUUUGUUCCGAUGGCUAUUAAACACAUAGAUACUCAGCCAUUGUGAUGCCAGAUGCAUUUGUUGUAUGACGAUCCUGAUGUUUUUCUUUUUGUUCCCUUCUCCGCUUUAUGCCUGGGAUUGUGUAUAAUGGUUUAUAUCUAUGAUGUUGCUUUUGUUUUUCUACGCAGCCACGGUGGAAACAAAUUUCCUCUUUCAGGACCAAUAAAUUAUCUAUCUAAUAUGUGAAUAGACAAAGUAAAAUAGUAUUUCACCUUUAAAUAGCCUAAAAAUACGAAAUAUUGCCUCAAAAGGGUUUUAAGGCACAGCCAAGGAGAUAUAUUUGAAUAAAAUAACAUGUGAAACGCAUGCACCAUGGGAAUAAGCAGAAGUAAACCCGAGCACGUGGGGCCUGCACGGGUGCUGAGUGUCUUGCGCAUGCGCACUGGAGGCAGAAUGCGCGCUCCGCGUCACUGUGGGAGAAAAAAAAAAAAAUCCCACUGCAUCUGCUGCAAUGAUAAAACCGGAGUGGGGGGAAUGAGCUGAUGCGGGAUCUCUCACACACGCCACAUCAUUAUAUUCAUACAUAUCAUUAAUAAAUAAAGAAAAACGGGCGUAUGAAGCUAAGAAGAGCCGAGUGAAAAAAAAUAAAAACCUACUGGAUCUCUUUGAUCCAUUUCAGCAAUGGCAGCCGACAUAACGCCCGAGGCCAUCGGCUUCUUGUCCGCAGUCGGCGUCUUCGUCGUGUUGCUUACCAUCCUCUUCCUCUUCAUCAACAAGAAGCUGUGUUUCGCCCGUGUAGGGGGGCUGCCGUGCUUCGAGCUUCGUGGCCAUCGCAAACGCAAGGAGCGUUCUGGAAUCCACCAGGGCCUGGUGAACAGUUACGGGGAUGAUGGCGAGAUCUCCAGUUCUUCAGACAGCGAGGAAGAGAUCGUGAAACGCUUCGAGAUCUCAGUCUCGCGUUCUCAGAGUUUCCGCUCCGGGAUCUCAGAGGUCACUACCCAGAGUGCACCGGGGCGACAGCGCAAGUUUGAACGACUGCUUCCUGAGCAGGAGGAGGAGGGCAGUACCGACCCGUCAGACUGCGAAGAUGCAGAUGGAGCUAGCAGGAGAAGUUUCCAGGACCCGCUCUCUGAACAGAGGGAUCCUCUGACAGAGUCCCUGUUCCAGAGAGACCUCAGCGUGGCGGACACGGUGUCUGUUAGGGGACGCUUGUCUUCCGUGGGCUCUCAGGGAUCUGAAACGCUGUCCCGGGGUCAGAGGAGUCGUCAGGGGAGCGCAGGACGCAGGACUCCCCUCUCACACGUAGAGAUGGACAUGGCACUGGAUAACCGGGGGUAUGAUUACAACGAGGCUACGGACAGCUCCUCUACCUGGAGCCCUGAGCACGAACGUACAGCCAGCAUCAUCUCAGAGCCCCGCCCCCCCAGCACAUCGCCCCGCCCACCCAUCUCCAAAUGUGGUGACCUCGUGGUCGUCCUCAGUUACCGUCCCGACUCCUGUAAGCUCCUGGUCACCGUGGUGAUGGCGCAGGACAUCCCGGAUAAAGCGCGGAGCGGCAUGGACACGUGGCAGGUGCGUGUGGUCCUGCUCCCGGGAAAACGGCAGCGUUACAAGACGGCCGUGCAGAAGGGGUCGACGCCGCGGUUUGGGGAGACAUUCCGCUUCACGCGCCUCGACGCGUCGGAGCUGAACGCGUCGGCGCUGCGCUUCCGCCUGUACGCUCUGGGGAAGAUGAACCGGGAGAAGAUGAUGGGAGAAACCAUCUACGCGCUUAACAAACUCGACCCCGAGAGACACGAGGUCACGCUCGUACUGGAACCUCGCAGCAACCUGAAGGCUUUAGACUCUGAGCUGUGUGUAAGCGCUCCUCCUGACAGUGCGUCCUCCGCCCAGUCUCUCUCUCACGGCGGAGUUCCCGAGGUGCUCCUCGGUCUGUCCUACAACCCCACCACCGGCCGCCUCUCCGUCGAGGUCAUCAAAGGGAGCCACUUCCGCAACCUGGCGCUCAACCGACCCCCAGAUACGUACGCCAAGCUGACUAUGCUCAACUCCAUGGGUCAGGAGAUCUCCCGGUGUAAGACGUCGAUCCGGCGCGGACACCCCAACCCGGUGUUCAAGGAGACGUUCGUCUUCCAGGUGGCGCUGUUCCAGCUCUCCGACGUCACGCUCAUGGUGGCCGUGUACAACCGACGCAACAUGAAGCGCAAGGAGAUGAUCGGCUGGCUGGCGCUGGGCCAGAACAGCAGCGGCGAGGAGGAGUCGCUACACUGGCAGGACAUGAAGGAGAGCAGCAACCAGCAGGUGUGCAGGUGGCACGCGCUCCUCGAGGCGUAGACGGACGGAGGAAACUGACGACGGGAAUCCGACAGGGUUGGGCUUAUAGUGGCGACGAUAACGAGGUGCAGUCGUGCGAGCGGAACGGAUGCGAGCAAAAUAAAACACACACGCACACACACAGGAGAGAUUUGACCGGGGUUGUUAUGGUUUAGUCACGGCGUAUGAUUGGACGGUUGACUUUUUUUCCAAAAACACUUGAUUAAAACGCGUUUCCGUCUGUCGCCGUCUCGCCACGCCGCCGUUCAUCGCAGCCUUACGGACAAACAAGAGUCGAUUUUUUUUGUCAUCAUCACUCGGUUAUACAGCACGUAAGCCGGUAUAACGUUUCAUUCCAUUUAACUGUAAUAAGAACGAUCAUUUUUCACAAAAUAUCCAGUCGUGUCACGGCUCCCGCGAUCACGCGGUAUCAACACCUUCAGGUCAUCACCCGUCCUGAAUGAGCAUUUCAUGAAAAUACCGCUUCAGGAGAAAGAUUCCUUCUUUACCUCAUGGGUUUUUCAAUGGGCCGGAAUAAUCCGCUCGGCCAUAUUAUCCGUUCGGGUAGGAUGCAGGCAACAAAAGAAAAGAAAAGAAAAGAACAAAGCCACAGAAUCGGAAGACCCCGUAGCCAAAGAGAGUGUGUUGAUGACGGGAAAGGUCUGAAGGUUCAUGUUUAACAGAUGGUUGUUUUGUUUUGUUUUUUUGGGGGUUGUUGUUUUUUUCUUUUCUUUUCGAGAACGUCGAGCCGGUUUUCCGGGAAAACGUGAACGAUUAUUUUGGGUUUCCAUCGAGUGCUGUUAUGAUGAAUAGUCACGAAAAAAGACGUCAUUAGAAGACCUACAAGCCAAACACACACACACACAUGGGGAUGGAGAGACUGCAAGACCCAACCCCACACACACACACACACACACACACAGUGUAGUACAUCUGUGUUAUUAAUACACAAGUUUAAAGAACAAAGUAAUUCUCAGCGAUGGCAUUGAAGCGAUGCAUGAUGGGUAUUAAGGGAGCCGACGUGCACUACAUGUGAGAAGAUCUCGAUAGGCGUAUGCGGGUAAUGUUCCUGCUGAUUACGUUUAAACAAAUAAAAGAUGACUACGCCUGUUUUUAGAUGUCGAGUUAUCCUACAGGCAGAUAAUUCUGCUCCAUUUAAAGCGAUUCUUUCUAGAAAGAAGCAAAAUGGAUCUCCCGAUAGAAAUCGGCUUAAUCUGAUAACGAGCUAUAUCGGAUCGCUUGUCCUUCACUAGGCAACAGAAUGUUCUUCAGUGCGAAAUUCAAGCCAAGGGAAACAUUCCCCACGACGUGACGCCGCCGCCACCAGGUUGGCUCCAUGAAUCGAAGGUUCGAUCGUUUCGUGUUCAGUGUCGGGGUUUUUUUUUUUUGUUUGUUUCCUUUUAUCCACAGAUUUUGCAUUGAUAAAUGGAGCGGG